ACCGCGGCCGACAUGCCAUCCUCCCAGAACGGGAGGAGAGGCGUGUCACGCAUGGUGCGGCCAAGUGAUCGGCGACGUGCAACGAUGGCGGUUCGGGUGGCAGCCCCGUCUCCGGCGGCACUAGUCUUUGCACUUGCGGUUGUGCUCGCCGUGGUGAGUGCCGACGGCGACUCCGGCCAUGCAAGCUUCCGCGAGGCGUCGAGGGUUUCGGUGGUAGGUUGCGUGUGCGUGCCGUCCACGGUGUCACUGGAAGGCUGCGCAUGCCCGCCAACACCGCCACCGCCACCGCCACCUCCCGCAUGCCCGCCACCGCCUCCAUCUCCACCACCGCCGUGCCCGCCGCCACCUCCCGCAUGCCCGCCACCGCCUCCAUCUCCACCACCGCCGUGCCCGCCGCCACCUCCGGCGUGCCCGCCGUCGCCACCUCCGGAGCCGACGCCGUGGGAUUUCGAAAACGAGAAGUUGAGGCGGCUGUACCCGGUGAUCCAGGCGUUCAAGCAGACCAUCACGAGCGACCCGAUGAACGUGACGGCGACGUGGGUGGGCAGCAAGAUCUGCGACAGCUCUAAAGGCGGCAGCUCGUACAAGGGCUUCUACUGCGACACCCCGCCGGACGACGCCAACAAGACGCUCACCGUGGCCUCCAUCGACUUCAACGGCUUCCACCUCUGCGCGCCCACGCUGGCCGGCUUCAUCGACGCCUUCCCGGACCUCGCACUCUUCCACGCCAACUCCAACAACUUCUCCGGCGUCCUCCCGGACCUCACCUCCCUCCGCUACUUCUACGAGCUCGACCUCUCCAACAACGCCUUCUCGGGAGCCUUCCCGGCCGCCGUGCCGCCGCUCGGCCGCCUCGCCUUCCUCGACCUCCGCUUCAACGGCUUCGCCGGGGAGGUGCCGCCCUCCGUCUUCGGCAUCUCCGUCGAGGCGCUCUUCCUCAACAACAACGCCUUCACCGGCGUCAUCCCGGAGAGCACCUUCGGCACCAGCAGGGCCGAGUACAUCGUCGUCGCCAACAACAGGUUCACAGGCCCCAUCCCGCGCACCAUCUUCAACGCCUCCGGCACGCUCUCCGAGAUCCUCUUCCUCAACAACGACCUCUCCGGCUGCCUCCCCUACGAGAUCGGCCUCGUGGAAGGGCUCACGGUGUUCGACGCCGGCGGCAACGAGAUCCGCGGCCCCAUCCCGCUCUCCUUCGGCUGCCUCGCCGACGUCGAGGAGCUCAACCUCGCCCGGAACCAGCUCUACGGCCACGUCCCCGACGUGCUCUGUCUGCUCGCCAAGACGGGGAAGCUCACCAACCUCUCGCUCUCCGACAACUACUUCCACUCCGUGGGGUACCACUGCAUGGAGCUGGUGAGGAGCCGCGUGCUGGACGUCCGGCGGAACUGCAUCCUCGGCUUCCCCGGCCAGCGGCCGCACAUCGAGUGCGCCAUGUUCUACGCCGACCCCACCAAGCACUGCCCCUUCAUCCCGCACAUACCCUGCGACCUCCCGGGGUUCAAGCCGCACGCCACCGCAGCGUUGCCGGCGGGGGAGAGCGCUGUGCAUGGCUACGGCGAGGACGGGAGUGUGGCCCUGGGAAAACUACCGACGUCGGGAUAGGUGGUUAACUAGGUGAGGGUGAACAGCAAAAAGGUGACCGCAGAUAUGGAUCAUUUGGUUAUUGAAUUUUUUAAGUGUUGUCGAUCUGAUCGCAUGAAGCAUGAUUCUGUUGUGUUACCGGCAAAUAAGUUCAACUUAAUUUGCAACAUGUUGUAAAGCUCGGAGUAAGUACUCCUAACUGCCUA